UCUCCAAGGUCAACAUUGCACAGUACCUAUCAAGCGUAAGUUUAUACAUUCCGCCGUAUACCAAUUGCGUGGCUUAUCAUUACCUUCAGACAACUUAAAAUAAGUAAAUCAACUAUUAUCAAACACGUCGUGUACCUGGGUAACAUAGUGCUGAAAUGAUUAGACGACCGAAAAAACUACUGUAAUUUAUUUACAAUCGAAUUCUGUUAAAACUUCUUUACAAAAUGGAAGAAAACAAAUUUCAGAUCGCCGACUACAUCAUUUUUGGAGCGAUGCUCCUUAUUUCAGCCGCAAUUGGAGUAUAUUAUGCUUGCGCUGGAGGAAAGCAACGAACAAAUAGAGAGUUUCUUAUGGCAGAUCGCAGCAUGAGAUCACUUCCGGUUGCACUAUCGGUUCUGGCAAGCUUCUUUUCGGCAUCAACACUAUUGGGUACCCCUGCAGAAAUAUACGAGUAUGGAAUUCAAUACUGGAUAUCUGUAUUUGGCGCCAUGUUGGCCCCUCUGACUGGGGCUUUCUUGUUUGGUCCAAUUUUCUUUAAUUUGAAAAUCGUUAGUGUAUACGAGUACCUUGAACUCCGAUUCCAUUCCAAAUCCGUCCGUUUAUUUGCAGCAGCAUUGUUUAUUUUACGACUGAUAAUGGGAAUGGGUAUAGUUUUGUAUGGACCAUCAACAGCACUUGGAGCAGUAACGGGAUUUCCAGUUUGGGUGAUUAUUUUAAUAGUUGGAGGAGUUUGCACGUUCUACACGACUUUAGGAGGGAUGAAAGCCGUGAUCUGGACCGAUGUUUUUCAGACCAUUGUCAUGUUUGCUGGAAUGUUAGCAGUUUUUAUUCAGGGAUGUAUUAAAGUAGGUGGCCUUGACGAAAUGUGGAAUAUUAACUACCAAGGCGGAAGAAUUAAUUUCUUUAACUUUGAUCCAGAUCCACAUGUAAGACAGACAUUUUGGUCGCUGACUGUUGGGAUAUAUUUUGUAUGGUUGUAUCCGUACACUGUAGAUCAACAGAUGGUGCAGAGAUUUUCCUCCGCUCGCUCUCUGAAAGAUGCAAGAUUCGCAUUGAUAUGUAAUGUCCCUGGGAUGUUCCUUCUGAUAACAUUGUGUUCUCUCACUGGAUUGGCUAUGUAUGCCAACUACGUCACUUGCGAUCCAUUAAAAAAUCAUGAUGUAGCGAACCCAAAUCAGCUCUUACCACAUUUUGUGAUGGAAGUCUUUGAGGAUUUGCCAGGAUUACCUGGGCUAUUUGUAGCAUGCAUGUUCAGCGGCGCAUUAAGUUCCGUGUCUUCCAUGUUGAACUCGUUGGCAGCUGUGACUUGGGAAGACUUCCUUAAGCUGAGAUUUGGUCACCUAUCGGAGAGCAAUGCAACGAAAAUAACCCGAGCUCUCGCAUUUUUGUUUGGUCUCCUGGGGAUCGGAAUGGCGUUUGCUGUUAAAGAGAUGGGUGGGACUGUCCUUCAGGCAUCUUUGACGUUUAAUGGUUCCGCCGGAGCACCACUUGUUGGAGUUUUUAUUCUCGGUGCUUGCUUCACCAGCUCUAAUUGGAUUGGGGCGUUGGUUGGCGGACUCCUUGGUUUUGUCUUUCCUAUGUGGGGCGGCAUCGGAAAAUACGUCUCGCCUCCACAGAAUUUCAAGCUUCCCACAUCUACUCUGGGCUGCAACUCCAACGAUACUAGUGUUCAAGAUGUCAUUAUGUCAAGUGACUAUCUGUCAAACCAAACACAACCAGCUUUAGAAGGUGUUGACCAGUUGUAUGGGAUCUCCUACUUGUGGUUUAGUGCCUUGGGUGUUCUUAUAACAGUUUGUGUUGGAUUAAUAGUGAGCUGGUUCACAAAAGGCCAAACCGAAAAAGUGGGAAAGGUACCAGAUCACCUCAAACUGAAGAUGUGGGAAAAUCUUUGUAUGUGCCUCUGCUUUCCUCCAGGUAUCAUUGAAAAGGAACAAAAGAAGGAGCAGUUACGAGAACAGCUCAAGAACGUACCGCCGAUAUUAUACAGUCACAGAGAGAAAAGGUCCAGUGUCUUGUAUUUGCAGCCUCCGGACGCUACCAUAGAAGUAACAAUUAAUAACAAUGAUUCGAAUGGCGUCUGAUUCCAAAGAUCACGUAUUAAACAAUGCAGAAUCACAAUGAUCAUCAAAUACCAAAACAGAUGAUGGUGCAUCAUUUGUGGACUCUUCAAGUAUAGAAGAGAUAUUUCAAAGAACAAUAAAAUAACGUGUAUUUUUAUUAUCCACAAGGCGUAAAUGAUGGCUUGGAAAUGUUAAACUGUCCUUUUGUUGAAUUGAUAAAUUGUGACUAUCCAUAUAUUUAUCAACAGUGUCUAAGUUUGCAGUACUUUUAGAGAAGCUGGGAUUUUAAUUCUGCAAGUGGCAAUCCAAUUUACUCUUAGAUCCCUUUCUUAGGAUGAAAUAUUAGUUCUUCAAAAUAUGAAGAUACCCAACUGAAUAUCCAAUUGUGCGAGUCGAUGUACUUUAAGUCGUCCACUAAAACGAGGUAAAAUACGCUCAUUUUCUCCAGUUUUGAAGAUCCAUCUUUGUCUUUUGAAAAUUGCAAUUAAAACGUACACCUCUCCGCUCUAAAUAAAUACGGUGGCUUCAGAUAAAGGCCCGAGCCGAGAACAGACGACAGUUUGGAAAAACCAAUGCAAAGUAAAAGGCGGAGCGUGAUUACUCUAAUCUCUUUCAGAAAAGCACUGUUGACCAAUCACAUCAAACGUUUAAUAUUGGAUGCAAUGUUUAGUGGACGACUUAAACUACAUCACUUGAAUGACAGGAUAUCAGAUUUGCAACACACCACUUACAGGAUUCUUAAAUAACCGUGAUAAUUUUUUUAAUAAAGAAUAAUUAUUGCUGAAUAAUUCCAGGCAUUAUUCCACCAGCUGCAAGGUAUUUUAUUGAAAACAAAAAUUUCCGAGAUCGACCUUGUGUAAAUUCGGGCUGACGUUGGUUAC